UUGGGUUCAAUUAGAGAUAUUUCGAAUGGUAUUUUUUAUUUUCACUAUCCAUUACACUUUGCUGGCUGGGGUAAGGGGGGUGUUCAAUUCAAGAUGAUUCGAGUUUAACUCGCUUUCUAGUCUUUAUAAAUGGAGUGUAUAGAGCAUGGAGAAGUAUACAGUCUCCAUGGUAUAGAGCGUCCAUGGCUUAUAGUAUGGCGCUAUGUGUAUAUAUAUAUAUACAUACAUAUACUUUUUGCUAUAUAUAUAGUCUCCCGGCAUUAACUGUAUAGUAUGGUUUGUUUAGUUGAGGUUAUGUUUAGCAGUACUGACAUAUCGUGCAACCCUAAACAGAGAAACACUUAAAACAACAUUAAUAGAUAAGCAAUGUCAUUCCGUGGUAGAGGUAGUGGUGGUGGUUUCUCCGAUAGAGGAGGAGGAGGAUUCAGGGGUGGACGUGGUGGUUUCAGAGGAAGAGGAGGUGGUGGAGAUCGCAGAAGCAAUUACGACCAAGGCCCACCAGAAGAAGUAACUCCUUUGUGUCAUUAUGAAUGGUCGGUACAAGAUGAUUUAGUAGCCAAAGUUGACAUUGAGCAAGUUCCUUACUUUAAUGCACCUAUUUAUCUAGAAAACAAACAACAAGUAGGCAAAAUAGAUGAAAUAUUUGGAAACAUUAGAGAUUAUUAUGUUUCUAUUAAGUUGGCUGAAAAUAUUAAAGCUAAUAGUUUUGAAAAAAACACAAAGUUAUUCAUAGAUCCUGCAAAACUACUGCCUCUCCAGAGGUUUUUACCGAAGCCUCCAGGUUCUGUUCAAAAACGCGGAGGUGGCCGUGGUGGAGGACGAGGUGGUGGCCGUGGAAGAAGUGGCCAUGGUGGUGGUUUUGGUGGUAGAGGUGGCGGCUUUGGCGGCCGAGGAGGUGGUGGCGGAUUUGGAGGCCGAGGAAGUAGUAGCGGUUUUGGAGGUCGAGGAGGUGGAAGUCGCGGAUUCCGAGGUGGAAGAGGAGGUGGAUUCAGGGGGCGAGGCAAAUGGUAGCCCCAAAAUUAGAUAUAAUUUUGUGUGAAAGAAAUAUUUUGAAUGAAUGAAACUACUAUUUUGUUAAUAAAAAUUAUCGUCAUAACAUGGAGUGCUAAAGAAGUUAAAUGAAAUAUAAUACA